AGCCCAUCAUGGCGGCGGGAGCGCGGCUGCCCUGGCUCGCGGCUCCGCAGGGCUGCUGCCGUUGCUGCUGUUGAGAGGUGGUGGCGGCGGCACAGACGGGCGGACGGGAAGGAUGGUGUUUCUGUGGCCGGGGCGGCUGGUGCGGACUAGGAGCCGGGUUGACGUUUGGCCGAAGCGACGUGUGCUCAGGAGCAGCUGGCGCGGGUGCCGCUGAGGCAGGCAGGACCGACUGACGGACGGACCUACGGAAGGAGACCCGAGAGCCGGCCCCGGGGGCCGUGCGGUGGGCGAGAUGCCGGGGCCGCCGGCGUUGCUGCUACUGCUGCUGCUCCUGGCCGCCGGCAGUGCCGGGGCCGCGCCACUUCCGCAAACAGGUGCAGGGGAGGCACCUGCAGCAGAAGUUUCCUCCUCUUUUGUGAUCCUGUCUGUGUGCAGUUUAAUGAUACUAAUAGUGUUAAUUGCAAACUGCGUAUCCUGCUGUAAGGACCCAGAAAUAGACUUCAAGGAAUUUGAAGAUAAUUUUGAUGAUGAGAUCGAUUUCACACCACCAGCAGAAGACACUCCCUCUGUUCAGUCCCCAGCAGAAGUUUUCACACUUUCAGUACCAAAUAUCUCACUACCAGCUCCCUCACGGCUCCAGCCUUCUGUAGAAGGUUUGAAGUCUCAAGUUGCCCGCCACAGUCUAAACUAUAUACAGGAAAUUGGAAAUGGCUGGUUUGGAAAGGUCCUCCUUGGAGAGAUUUACACGGGCACUAGUGUAGCAAGAGUGAUAGUGAAGGAGUUAAAAGCGAGCGCGAGCCCAAAGGAACAAGACACUUUUCUGAAAAAUGGCGAACCCUACUAUGUUCUUCAGCAUCCAAAUAUUCUUCAGUGUGUGGGACAAUGCGUAGAAGCAAUUCCCUAUCUCCUGGUGUUUGAGUUCUGUGACCUGGGGGACCUAAAAGCUUACCUGCGCAACGAGCAAGAGCACAUGAGGGGGGACUCGCAGACCAUGCUGCUGCAGCGGAUGGCCUGCGAGAUCGCAGCGGGCCUGGCCGCCAUGCACAAGCUGCACUUCCUGCACAGUGACUUAGCCCUGAGGAACUGUUUCCUUACCUCGGAUCUAAAUGUGAAAGUGGGAGACUAUGGGAUAGGACUCAGCAGGUACAAGGAGGAUUAUAUUGAAACAGAUGAUAAAAAAAUUUUCCCUCUGCGAUGGACUGCUCCAGAACUAGUAACCAGCUUUCAAGACAGACUACUAACUGCAGAUCAGACGAAGUAUAGUAAUAUCUGGUCCCUGGGUGUGACACUUUGGGAGCUCUUUGAUAAUGCUGCUCAGCCUUAUUCCAACCUCUCCAACUUAGAUGUUCUCAAUCAGGUCAUUCGAGAGAGAGACACAAAACUCCCUAAGCCCCAGCUGGAGCAGCCGUAUUCUGACAGAUGGUACGAAGUGUUACAGUUCUGCUGGCUGUCCCCAGACAAGAGGCCGGCGGCCGAGGACGUGCACAGAUUGCUCACCUACCUGCGGAUGCAGAGCCAGAGGGACUCAGAGGUCGACUUUGAGCAGCAGUGGAAUGCUCUUAAACCCAAUACAAGUAGCAGAGACACUUCAAGUAACGCUGCCUUCCCAAUCCUCGAUCAUUUUGCCAGGGAUCGGCUGGGUCGUGAGAUGGAGGAAGUCCUCACCGUGACUGAGACCAGCCAGGGCCUGAGCUUUGAGUAUGUCUGGGAGGCGGCUAAGCACGACCACUUUGACGGGCGCAGUCGGGGCCCCCCGGACGAAGCCUUGUCCUACACAAGCAUCUUCUUUCCAGUCGAGGUUUUUGAGAGUUCACUUUCAGAUCCGGGGCCGGGGAAACAAGAUGACAGUGGCCAGGAUGUGCCCCGUGGGGCCCCCGGAGUGGUUCCAGUUUUUGAUGCCCACAACCUUUCUGUGGGAAGUGACUAUUACAUCCAGUUGGAAGAAAAAAGCGGCAGCAACUUGGAGCUUGAUUACCCUCCUGCACUGCUCACAACAGAAAUGGAUAACCCAGAAAGGACAAGCGAGGAGGCGCCCCAGUUCCUGACACUCAGGAACCUUGAAUUAGAGGAGUCCAGCACAGACGAGGAUUUCUUCCAAAGCAGUACAGACCCCAAAGAUUCCAGUGUACCCGAGGACACACACGUCCCCAGAGGCCCUGAGAGCCCUUUCAACAGUAUAUUUAGCGAUCUUGACAGAUCAGAGGACCUGCCCAGUCACCAAAAAAUAUUUGACUUAAUGGAACUAAACGGAGUUCAAACCGACUUGAAGCCGACCCCUUUAAGUUCAAGUCUGGAUGACCCCAGGGACUCUAUCAUAACGUGCCACUUUGAGAAAGAAAAGCCCCGGAAGCUUUUUGACUGUGAGCCUCUUUGCUUAUCAGAAACCCUGAUGCACCAAGAUAAUUUUGAUCCACUGAAUGUUCAAGAGUUGUCAGCCAACUUUUUGUUUCUUCAAGAGAAAAACCUACUAAAAGACUCACUGUCUCACAAAGAACAUAUAAAUGACCUUCAAACAGAACUUAAAAACGCUGGCUUCACCGAAACAGUAUUAGAAACUCCACAUAGAAACUCUGCAGAUGUUGAAGUCCAGUUUGCCGAGAGUAAAGCAGGCUUUCCUCCGCUGCAGGAGAGCCUUGGCGCGAAGGGUGAGGGUACAGACGCAGUGUGCCAGGACAGCGCCGGGGACACCUCACUCCAGCCUUCCCCAGGAGCGCGGGCACCCCCUCCCUCGCUGGAGACAGGAGCGUCUCCCCACUCGCCUCCACACACGCUCCCGAAGCAGGGAGGACCCACAUGUUUGGAUGCCAGUAGCCACGAAGACGGUCUCUGCCAAGAAAUAAAUCCAGACUCUGAGACCAUCACAGUAGACAUUCCUGUGGCAGAUGCCAAAACACACGGCGUUGGUGACCCGCCCCGGGACCUGACCCACCAAAGUGAAGAGGCCUUGAGACUGACCAAAAGUGACUCUGCCCUGGCUGAUGACAUGUUUGCCAAGAAGGUGAGUACAGGAAGUAGCGUUCCAGAAUUGAAACAGAACUUAGACAAUCAGCCCCUCUCAGAAGACCGUCACAGCGAUUGUGUGCUGGAAAAGACCUUGGAAGGUGUGGACACUCUGAGUGAGCUGCACUGUAAAGAUGCUACACAGGAGGGGGGCCUGGGGUCCGCCCUCUCCUCAGACUCGACCAGUCAAGACAGCCUUUUAGAAGACAGCUUGUCAACACCCAUUCUGGCCUCAGAGCAGUCUAUGGAGACCCCUGACUCUCUGGAUUCAGUGGAUGUCCAUGAAGUUUUAUUGGGUUCCCUAGGCUCUCACACUCCCCAGAAACUCGUGCCCCCCGAUAAGCCUGCAGACAGUGGCUACGAGACAGAGAACUUGGAGUCCCCUGAAUGGACUCUGCACCCCGCCCCCGACGGCACCUCAGCCACAGAGGCAGCCACGGCGGGCGAUGGCAGCCGUGGCACUCCCCCCCCCAACCCGGUCAUCGUCAUCUCUGACGCAGCUGACAGCCACAGAGGCACCGAGGUGGCCCCGCAGACUUUCGCUCCUGGCUCUCAGAGCUCGUACCGAGACUCCGCUUACUUCUCAGAUAAUGACUCUGAGCCUGAUAAGAAGUCCGAGGGGGUCCCGGGGCCCUCAGCCUCGGACUCGGUAGUGGUAACGGACCAGCCACUGCCUGAGCCCAUCGUGCCAGAGCACAGCCCUGGCGCCACUGACAGUUGCCUGGAAACCAGACCCAGCCAGCCAGACCAAAGUUGUCAACCUGCUUCCCACAGCCCCGGUCACCUGGAGUCCGGAGAGAUGUCGGAACCGGCACCAUGUGACAUUUCCCAACAGACGCCGCCUACUGAAGACGAGGCCGGCAGUCCCUUGAGUUUGGGGAACUCUGAGCUGAGCAGCAGCGAGGACUUUGAGGCACCGGAGGAGCGCCCCUGCACACUCACUUCCACUGGCACCAACACCAAUGAGCUCCUUGCCUUCGCGAGUGCCGCCCUGUGCCCCGGUGGUGCCGCAGAGCCGGUGGCCGAGAAGGCCUCGUGCGGCCACUCCGAGGGCCCCAAGCUCAAGGAGCCAGACAUCGAAGGGAAGUACCUGGGGAAACUGGGCGUGUCAGGCAUGCUGGACCUCUCUGAGGACGGCAUGGACGCAGACGAGGAAGACGAGAACAGCGACGACUCGGACGAAGACCUGCGGGCGUUUCACCUGCACAGCCUGAGCUCUGAGUCGGAGGACGAGACCGAGCACCCCGUGCCCGUGAUCCUCAGCAACGAGGACGGGAGGCACCUCCGGAGCCUGCUGAAGCCCGCGGCCGCUGUUGCCCUUGACCAGCUCCCGGACGACUGGAAAAAAGAAAAGAAGGCGGUGACGUUUUUUGAUGACGUCACAGUCUAUCUGUUUGAUCAGGAGACCCCAACCAAAGAGCUGGGGCACUGUGGAGGAGAUGCCCACGGCCCCGAGCUGAGCAGCGCAGCCCCGUCUUCACGUUCUCCCUACCUGAGCAGGUGCAUAAAUUCCGAAAGCUCAACUGAUGAAGAAGGCGGGGGCUUUGAGUGGGACGACGACUUCUCCCCAGACCCUUUUACGGCGAAGACGGCGAGUGACCUCCUUAGCUCCAGGCCUUCUCUUCAGACGUCCAAGUGCUUCUCGCCGCCUCCGCCGCCCCGGGGCGCGGGGCAGAGCUGGCCUCACAGCCCGCCGUGCUCCCGGUUCUCCAUCUCGCCCGCCAACAUCGCCAGCUUUGCCCUCACUCACCUUACCGACUCAGACAUCGAGCAAGGAGGCAGCAGCGAAGAUGGAGAAAAGGAUUAGGCGGAGCCCAAGGCGCUCAGGUCCCAGGCUGCUCCUGGGGCGGCAUUCCUGCACUGCAGCCCGGCAGCGCAAUCCCCUCGCCCGUCGGCUGCAGUGGACCCGGCCCAGGAGAGAGACUCGGAGGCCCCGGACGGAACCGCGCUGGCUUUGCACCCGAGCUGGGAAGCCCGGCUGGGAGGCCGCCCACCCCGUCCUUGGGGGUGCUGCCCCUGCUCUGGGGCGGGAACUGUAGGCUGGGGCGUGUCCGUGUCCCGGCAGGGGGUGGUGUGUCCUCUGUGGCCUAGGCACCCCUGCUGUGCACGAGGGCCCGGGGGGAGGGCACCGGGAUUGGGCGCCAGUGAGUGAGCCAUAUUUAUUACUUGUAAAGAAGUCACUACUUGCUUUCUGUAAUUGCACUGUGGAUAGAUGUUCUAAGAGUACCUGAUACUGUACAGAAUCUUAAAUUAUUCAAGGAAAAUAAGGCAGGUCAAGCUGGUGCUACCCACUAGUUUGAUUUUUUCUGUUUUAUAGUUUGUGCCCUGCAUGGUACUUGUAAAGCUUAAAUAUUUUGAGUGUUCUGCUGUCCAGAACUGUUGGAAAUUGUACAUAUGGUACUUUUUUGUACAUGAUAAAUGAUCCCGAAUGUUAGUGGUUUUUUUUGUUCUUACAGGAAAUAUUUUUGAUGAGUCCAAAAAGACUGCUUUGUUCUGUUGAUUGAAUGAAACACACAUUUGUCUCUUUCUAUAGCGCAGGUUCCCAGUAGCAAGGGAGGCUUCUCAGAGGCGCUGAGGGGUCCGCAGCCCCUCCGUGUGCUUCUCCCACCCCACCCCGCUCCCCAGUUUUGUAAACCCUUUCGGUAAAACUCGACAGGCAGUUCACCCUGAGACUCAGCCGUGGGGUGAGGUCCAGGUCUCCUGCCCCCCGUGUGCCCCCCGGUCCCCCCACUGCCCACUCGCUCCUUGCUGUGUGGGAGCGCGGGCUGCGGUGGCUCCAGGCUCCUUGUACACGGUCUGGAGCGCUGAGGAGGAGCUGCGCACGCAGGGCCCUCGUUUGCCAGGGCAGUUUGAGUUCCUGCUGUUUGUACACAUCAGGUGUUGAACUUUUAAGUCACCUGUAGAUCUGGGUGUCCCCUCAAGAACCGCCCUGCAUCAUGGAUGGGCAUGGCCGGUCUCCGUCACCAGGGAGAUAACACUACAUCCUGAAGCCGGGAAGAGAGACGAGGGACCGUGGUGGAGCCUGUGCAGCCAGCAUGUCCUCCCGGUUGGGACCUUGGGCCGCCCCAGAUGGCCGUCGCGCCCAGACACGGCCCCGGGCCUCAUCUGCACUGACCCUUCCCUCCUGCAUUGGCACCUCGUUCUCCCCUCGCCUUGAAAGGGACCGAGCGUGUCGAGCGCGGCCACCCAGUGUUGGCAGGAAUCCAUGUUCGGGAUAAGAAAGCUGACCUCAUCCUGCAGUCCGUCAGUUCUGCUUUGACGCCAGGAAGUUUCCAGAGCCUAGAGUGCCAUGUGCUGAGGGUGGCGUGGCAUGUCCACCACGAAGCCACAGUCUGACCUUGGGCCCUUGGUUCCCAUGCACUGGCCCUUCACCCCAAUGCUUUCCGGUGCUGAUUUGCUUGCCUCACUCCGGUGCCACACAGGUCCACUGGGCUGUGACAGAAGUCUUAGCAGCCCCGGUGCCAGUGCGCGAUGCCGUUGUGGGUGGUGGCUGGAGAUCGCCAUAAAGGAUGACCCUGACCAUCAAUUCUGGCUCACUUCGCUAACUUCUUAUACCUAGCAAUAACCUUCCUGGGCAAGAACUCAGAAUGGAGAGAGAGCCCCCGAGCCUCCGUGUGGUGUGGGUGGGGGAGCGAGGCCAGGAGAGCUGGGCUGUGCUAUGCAGACGGAAACCCAUCAUAGGGCAUUAGAAGGUGAUUUUGCCAAACUGUCAAACAGAAUUUCUUGCUGUGGAGACUUCCUGAGAUUCCUGAAGUUUUACGUCUAACUACCAGUCUUUGUGGGGAGAUCCACAAGAGCUGAUGACUCUACAAGUUUUUUCAAACUCUCAGGAGUUCAGAUUUAAUGACUAAAAUCCAGCAGAUCCACAGAAUAUAUAGUCUUCUUAUACAAUCAGCCCAGAUAAAUUUAUAGGUAUUUGGGGGCUGUAUCUUUUUCACUAUGAUUAAGGAGAUUUUAACAACCUAAUUCCCAUUUUAAUUUAAUUUAGAUCUAUAUUGCUGUCAUGAUUAAUUGCCAAAAGAAAGCAUUUUAUACACUGAGUUGGGGGUGGGUCUGAGUAGUAAAUCUUACUGUGGUGGUGCAUGGUGGGGAAGAUUUUAUAUUUACAAUACACAUGUGAGUUAACAUGUUCUUUUGAAAUCUCAAGCAAUACACAGGAAACCAAUUAUGUAGAUUAAAAUUUUGAGCCCAUCUUUGAAGUGUCAGCAUGUGCUUUUGCUUCCAUUCUUUUUGUUUGUUUACGUUGGUUACCAGUAGUGGGUUUUCAGACCAAACUGGUCCUGAGAAGUUAUGCAAUGAAAUAAAUCCGUGGAAUUCUCUAGAUAGUAUGUUUGAGGCUUAUAACACCUGGUCCACAGUGGUAUUUCGGCCUCUUUUGGAGUCUUACAGGUUUUGGUUAGUGUUACUUUGGUGGAGUUUACGUAUUUUAAAUCCCAGAAUAAAAGGAAUCUCCCCUUCCUUGCUAAAUGUUCAUUUGUAUUAUCAAAUGAUCAUGUCAUAAGCCAGAAAAAGAAAUGUAAAAAAAGUGCUCCCCAAAUCCUUCUGGAACUUGGACCGUGUGUGUGGGUAAGAAGCCGUUCAUCUUCAUGGUGAAGGAGCUCCACGAAGCUGAAUUGAAACAGAGCAUCCGUUCUAUUUUUAAACGUACAGGUGACUGUUUCUAUAGAAAUGGGUUUUAUCUCCAAAAAGUCUUCGUAUAUCUUGUUGCCGUAAAAACGCCUUUCAAAACCUCUCCCUUGUAUGAAUAUUUCUGUAGGGUACUUGUAGGGCUAGUGACUUACCGCAUGUCUGUCCAGAGGGCCCGAGGCUUGAGGGAGGCAGCUCCCAGCUUUGCCCUACCCAGCCCCCCAUCAUCUGAGAAUUCCACAAGUGAACCCAGUGUUAGGCUCCAAAUGUCAGGCUCCGGUGACAGGGGCUUCAGAAGAGUAGCCUUAUGGAAGUAGCCUUAAGAUAACCCUGGGCCACACAAUUACUUCAGAUUUCAGUCUCAUAUACAAUCUUCCUGAUGGUAAUGGGGUCGGCUCGAGUGUCAGCUGUUAACUGCUCUCCAAUAAAUAAAUUCUGAAAUGUGCAGACGGUAUUGAAUUACCAACAAUUUGUUGCUGGAAUGGCCUGGACAUGUCUGAGCUGCUCAGGCUCACAUGGACGCAGACAGACCUUCCUGUCGAAUUCCGGCCACAGAUGAGGACCCCGCGGGGACAGCCCACCCACGCGGCUUCCCUGUCCUGCUUAAACACGGUUGCAAGAGGUUCACGGCAAUAUAACCGCUAAUGAACUUUCAGUUUAAAUUGUGUACAUUUUUAAAUUGUAAGAUUUUUACUGUAUAUUGAUGCAUAGUGUGAUUCAAUAAAUUGCUUGUAAUUUAAAAACUAUUUAAUAUUCAAAAUAAAUAUAGUUAUAUAUUUAUAAA